AUGACUGAAAGAUAUUGGUAAAGAUAUAGAAAUGCAUACUACGCUGAUCCUUUAAAUUCAGAUCCUUUUUGGGUUAAUGUUAAGAACGAUGUCAACAGAAAAAGAAACCCAAAGCAUCAUCUUGAAUUAUAUAGCAUAUGUAGAUCACCAAACCCAUACAUAAACUAAAUAAAAAGCUCACCUAACAUUACUCAUGAUACAGUAGCAGAAUUGAUUUGUAGAGAUAAAGCAUGCGAGUUGCAGUAUUGCAUGAGUUUAUAAUUAGUUGCAGCAGAAAAUAGAAGAAGAAAAAUAGAUUUGUAAGGAUGUGAAUCGCAAUAAAAAAUAAUGAAUUCAUGUAUAACUUAAGAGCUAUAAAGAAUUUAGUCAGUUGAAUAAAAACUCAGAGAAAGAACUUUAGGUAUUGAAAAUAUGGAUUAAAAGCCAAUAUUUAUUACUACUAAAAAGAACUCUUAAGAGACUAUGCUUAUCGAAGCUUGA